AAAGAAGUGCCGUUAUAAUUUUGUUGUUACUUGAUUCGAUCUAACGACUUUGUCAGAGCAGUCCUAUUCUUAAUCCAUAUCUCUCUAAACUCUUCUUCUCUUCUGUCGCACUCUUUCUCUUUCUCUCUCUAACUCUACUUUCCACUCAAUCGAACAAGAAUCGAGUUUCAAUUCAACUGAUUCCGUUAUCGAGUUGUUUUUGUAACUAGCUUCUGAUUCAAUGCCUUCUGUAAUCUCACCUCAGUGGCAAGAUAAGGCGAGUGGUUUCUUUUCUUCCUCAGGGGUCAAGCUUAAAGAAGCUAAGGAAUCAGCGGGAACAUUUGUUGGCGAGGUCACGAAGGAUACAAAGAGUAAUGUAGCUGAAGUGGCGGGAAAAGUUGGGACAAUAGUCAAAAGUCGGUGGGCACGUCUUCAGGAGCCGUCUACAAGACAUGCUGUGCAAGACCGAAUGAUAUCUGCUGCUGCUACAACUGGUGCAUUCCUAAGGAGAGGCUUGUCAGGAACAAAAGAAAAGGUGGUUGUGGGGAAAUCCAAGGUUGAAGAGGUGGCAAAAAUAACGGCACAAAAAAGUAAGACUAUCUUGACAGACAUUGAAAGAUGGCAAAAGGGAGUUGCUAAAACUGACGUAUUUGGAGUUCCGAUUGAGAUUACUGUACAGAGGCAAGAUUGCAGCAAGCCUAUUCCUCAGAUACUAGUCAAUUGUGCAGAUUACCUUAUAGUUUCAGGAUUGAAUCUGCCAUAUCUUUUUAAAUCUGAAGGGGACAAAAAGGUUAUUCAGCAGUUGGUUGCCCUAUACAACCAAGAUUCAACUGCUGCGGUGCCAGAAGGCUCAAAUCCAGUUGAUGUAGCAGCUCUUGUAAAAUACUAUCUUGCUAGCCUUCCUGAGCCACUGACCACAUUGGAGCUUUAUAAUGAGAUCAAAGGUGCUCGAACCAACAUAUAUUCCAUGAGAAACAUACUUAAGAGGCUUUCCAGUGUGAACUAUAUGACUCUGGAGUUUAUAACCGCACUUUUGCUCCGUGCUAGUCAGAAGUCACUUCUCAAUAAGAUGGACUCUCGGAGCCUUGCAAUGGAAAUGGCACCUGUUAUCAUGUGGCAAAAGGGAUGUAGACCUGAAACUUAUCGUCAAUACUGGAGUCAAAUGUCAGAAAGUCCUUCCAAACAGAGCUUGAAUCCAGAACCUGGUUCAACUACUUGGGACAUGCUUGCUGACGAGAGUGAAGCAAUGGAUGCAUCUUCUCUUAUUCCUUUGGACGAAGGCAUGCCAGUUGACUUUGGUGCAAUCGAGGUUGUUCAGUUGCUCAUAGAACAUCAUAAUGCAGUCUUCACCGACGCCAAUGAGACAGUUUGGAAAUGAAUGAUCAUACUACUUUCCUUUGAUUCUUCGACUUGGAUGUAUUGGAUUUGGAAUAAUGUUUUCCAAUUUGGAUAUAUUGGAUUUGGAAUAAUGUUUUCCAAUCUGGAUGUGACGAUCAUUAUAUAGCAGCUAUGUUUAUGCUGGGAAAACAUGUUGGGUACUGGUCCAGUUUAGUGAAAGGUAUAUCUGAUUUUUUUAGGUCUUCUUAAGAUUUUAUUUUUUUGGGGUGAAGGGGUGAUUGCAAAAAGUAUUGUACAGCUACUAUUUGCUCCUUGCAGAAACUCUCAUCACUAAUGUACUUUUAUUGUGGUGUGAUAUUAUAUUUUUUUGGUGGAAAAAUAAUGACAUGUGAUCUGUUUAUUGUUUAUGUAGUCAUGAUUGCACAUAUUUGAAGGUCAA